CCCUGACAUAAAGUAGUCUGUAAUGAAGAUACACCUGGGAUAGGCUCCAGCAUACCAGUGCCCCCAAUGAGGACAUCGAUAUAGAAAAUAGAUUUGUUUGUUUUAAAAGAAUAAAAUAAAGUAAUCACACAGACUAAACAAAUGUGAUAAGUGCAGUGCAUUUAGUACAGUAAUGGGCUUGUACUAAAUGUCCUAAAGUGCUUUCUCUACCUUCAAGUUACUCAAAGCGCAAUGGCACAGCUACCUCAUUCACCUAUUGAUGACAUGGCAUCAGGGAGUUCAGUAUCUUGCCUAAAGAUACUUUUGACAUAGAAUAGAACAUACUUUAUUGUCAUUGCAUCGUUUGACACAAAAUUGUGGGCGUGCUCUUUUACUGCAAUUCACCUGGUGAAGACAAAACCUCAGGUCAAUAAAAAAUACAGUAAUUCAAAAAUAAACAUACCCAUCUACUUGGAAAACUACCAACAUUUAAGUAAAGUACUUAAAUGUGCAUAUAAAAACUAAUACGUGUAUAUCCGUAAAGUAAACAAAUAGAGACAUGAGAGAGAAAUAAUGCCAAAAAAAUACAAUAGAGCUUUAUUUCAGGUUAUAUAGUCCUUAUGGCCCUGUAAUGUUGUAACUGACAUGGUCACGCGAGGACCAAACCCACAACCAUCAGCCGUGCCGCCCCAGUAGAGACAGUAGUACAGUAGUUGUCAAACAAGUGCACAAAAGUUGCACAAUAACUUGGCUGUCAAAAAUAUACUUCUGUGCUAGGACAGGAGAAGCCAAAGGUCACCGGUAACUAUGGUGAUCGAACAUGCUGGCCUCUAAACUUUGAGAUAGAUUGAUCCACUCGUAUGUCAGUAAGGAGGACGGAAAAACAAAAACACUGCUUAAAGCAGUGUCCAUAAUCCAACAUUUUUAACAGCUUUUCAUUGGCCCAAACAAAAUGCAUUGGUUAAUAAUUAGAUCCUAUUAUGAUUAGAUAUUACACUAAAUAGUUUGUCAACUAUAAAACAAAACUACAUUUUUUUGUUUAUAUAGCUAAAUCUACAUUGGAUUGCUUUUAUACAUGCCAGCCAUUCAUCCAUUUAUUCACCCAAAUGUAAUCAAUUCCCCAAAAUCAUGUGCGGCCUCGCAAAGUUUUGGCCAAUCAGCAACGUUUUCCUCAAUCGAAUUUGUCAAAAAUUUUUGUGUAGAUGAAGCAGGAGCAGCAAUAUGUAACAAUGUAUCAACUCUUUAUUGCACAAGCGGCACAAUUGUCAUCUUGCGUAGCCAAGACCUACUUCUUGUUACUGUCUACGGCGCUAAGCCUUCUGGGUAAUGUAUUAUAUAAACAUUCACUUUCAGGUUUACAUGUAUUUACAUAAUAAUAAUAAUAGUAAUGGAUUAGAUUUAUAUAUGGCUUUUCUAGAUAGUUAUGAUUUAGCCUAUAUUUAUCCAGGGUAAGACAAUUAAAAAUAGAUUUUCAUUUGCAACUUGGCAUAGAGGCAGCUUUUACAUGACAGAGAUGUUGAAGUGUGAUGAUACAUUCUCUUUGUCUUUCAUUUACCAACAAAAUUAAUUGCUAAAGAGAAAGAGCGCUUUUAAUAGUUCACAGAUGCUCCUAAAGUGCAUGGGUAAAUGUGUUGUAACUUAAAUUACUUUUCAAGCAUAAAACAAACGGAGAACGUCCACAUCUUGUGGAUGACAGAGCAGACAACGGACAUUAAGGAAACCUUUGCUGGUGUUUAUUUCAAUAUUUAUAGUUAUUACUAUUAUUUACAACUGUGAAAAAUAAGUUAGCUCAUGUGAUUAAUCACAGAAAAUUAUCACAAUCAUAUAUGUAUGCAUAUUAAUCACACAAUUUGCAUGGGUUGUUUUACAGUCAGUGAUGCAGGUCAAUGCAUACAUCAGCACACAGAUGAUUGACGUGACUCCUCCGACUGUUGUACAGUUUACUUGUUGGUACAUUUCAUUUCAAAAUAAACCCCGGCAAGACUUUGACUAAAACUGCUAGCAAGUUAUGAACAAAUAAAUGACGUACAUUCAAUUAAAACAUAUAAAAAAAAGUUCCUGUGUGACUAUCUAACAAUAAUAUUUAAUUUAUGUCCAAAUUAGGGUGUUUUUUUAGUUAAUUCAAAUUAUGCAAGUUAGUAAUAACCUGUGAUUAAUCAUGAUUAAUUUAAAUUCAAAAGUGUGAUUAAUCUGAUUAAACAUAAUCAUUUGACAGCACGGCAGUAAUACAGUACAGACUUUGUGCUUUAACUGCCAUCUAGUGUCCACUUUUAAGUAUGUAUAAAUGAGUAAAACAUCAACACGGUGUUCGUUUUCCAUUUUUUAUAGUAGUUAGUAAUAACCUGUGAUUAAUCAAGAUUAAUUUACAUUCAAAAGUGUGAUUAAUCUGAAUAAAAAUAAUACUUUCACAGCACUACAGUAGUACCGACUUUGUGCUUUAACUGCCAUCUGGUGUCUACUUUUAACUAUGUGCAAAUAAGUGAAACCUCAACACAGUGUUUGUUUUCCAUUUUUUAUUGAAAGGAUUAACGUUUUAAAGGAUUUUAAAGGGUUAACUAUGUGCAAAUAAGUGAAACAUCAACACAGUGUUUGUUUUCCAUUUUUUAUUGAAAGCAUGUGCUUUUUGUUUUUGUUUACAUGGAAGACUUAAGAAAUUGUAACAAAUUCAUAAAAUCACAAGUUGAGGAAAAAUAAGCCCCAGAACAUUUAGUUGAUUAAAAUUAUGCAAGUGAGUAAUAACCUGUGAUUAAUCAUGAUUAAUUUAAAUUCAAAAGUGCGAUUAAUCUGAUUUAAAAAUAAACAUUUGACAUUGGUACAGACUUUGUGCUUUAACUGCCAUCUAGUGUCUACUUUUAAGUAUGUGUGGUAUAAAUGAGUAAAACAUCAACACAGUGUUUGUUUUCCAUUUUUUAUUGAAAUCAUGUGCUUUUUUUGGGUUAAGUUUGCAUGGACCACUUAAGAAAUUGUAACAAAUUCAUAAAAUCACAAAUUGAGAAAAAUAAGCCCCGGAACAUUUGCGGCAACUUUCUGAAAAACUGCUGCAAAUUCAGGCAUUUGAACAAUCAGCACAAAAGCUGGUACAAGUAUGUACACUUUUUUUUUUUAAAGUGGCAUACUUCAGUUUUGAUGUAUGUGACUCCGGCUGGAAAAAAACGUGUGGACAUAAAAGAUUAUUUUCCGGUUGAUGUGGUGUGUAAAGGAGUGAUUAGUGAAGUUUACUUCUGAAGGGGUUGUGACAUGAGGGAAAGGAGCAGGAGGUGGUGGAGGAGGAGAGGUGAGUGUGUUGUUAAUCGCUGCUAGGAGAUAAACAAGAGGCUGCCAGUACGGUUGACCUGUCCAACAUGGCGGCUCUGGUCCCCGGCGAGGCGACAGCUCCUCCAUCUCUGUCCUCUUUCGCACCCUCGGCCGCUCAACUCUCAGGUGCUAAUAUCUGCUGAAGAUGAGUAGUGGCGGAGGGCACCCCACCCUGGAGCUCGCCAGAGGGGGGGAAUCCCAGAAGAGAAAAGACUGUCCUUCAGACCAGCUGGAACCCAGCCCCAAGAGGAGCACGGAUAGGAGGAACCGAGAGCAGGAGAACAAGUACAUCGAGGAGCUGGCCGAGCUGAUAUUUGCCAACAUCAAUGACAUGGACGACCUGAACGUGAAGCCCGACAAGUGUGCCAUCCUCAAGGAGACGGUGAAGCAGAUCAGGCAGAUCAAAGAGCAAGAAAAAGCUUUAGUGACCGACACAGAGGAGGUGCAAAAGGCAGACAUCUCGUCAACGGGGCACGGCGUCAUUGAUAAAGACACUCUCGGGCCCAUGAUGCUGGAGGCACUAGAUGGCUUCUUCUUUGUGGUCAACAUGGAGGGCAACAUCGUGUUCGUGUCGGAGAACGUCAGCCAGUAUCUGCUCUACCAGCAAGAGGAGCUGAUAAACACCAGCGUGUACAGCGUGCUGCAUGUUGGUGAUCACACGGAGUUCAUCAAGAAUCUGUUGCCCAAAAGCCUUGUCAAUCAACAUAGCGGUGAUUCGUUGCGCAGGAACAGCCACACCUUCACUUGUCGUAUGCUCGUCAACCCGCACAUGGAAGGUGACGGGCGGCAAGUGUCCGAACAGCAGGAAGCGUCCCAGCAGAAGUACGAGACCAUGCAGUGUUUCGCAGUCUCCGAGCCCAAGUCUAUGAGGGAGGAGGGGGAAGAUCUGCAGUCCUGUCUCAUCUGCGUGGCCAGAAGAGUUCCCGUGAAGGAGAGAGCCGCCAUGUCCUCGUACGAGAGCUUCACAACGCGCCAGGACCUUCAAGGUAAGAUCACAUCUUUGGACACCAGCCUGCUGCGAGCCUCCAUGAAGCUGGGCUGGGAGGACCUGGUGCGCCGCUGCAUCCAGCGGUUCCACCUGCAGAAUGACGGUGACAUAUCCUUUGCUAAGAGACACCAGCAAGAAGUGUUGAGGAACGGCCAGGCGCUCAGCCCCCUGUACCGCUUCUCCCUGUUGGACGGCGCCAUAGUGUCGGCUCACACCAAAAGCAAACUGGUCAGGUCACCGGCCACCACCGAGCCGCAGUUCUACUUGUCGCUGCACAUCCUAAAGAGGGAGAACAUGAGCGCCAUGCCUCUGGAUGUGACGGCCUGCCUGGGCGGGGCCAAGUCAGUCGCUAUGAGCAGCACCUCCCCAGACGCCACGGUCACCAGCAAUCACUUCACCACGUCUGCAUGCGGCUUUGGCCAAGCCCCCACGCCGCAGGGAAACGGCCACAUGCUCAAGCUGGGCAGCCCCUCAGCCCCGCAGGGAAGCCCCAGUGUCACAUCUGGGGCCCAAGGUGCCAUUUUAUCCCCUUGCCAUCACCACAGCCCCAAUAUGGUGGCUAGCAGCAGCAGCAGCGCUAGCAGCCCCCACCUCUCCCACCGCCCUUCCGGUUCUUUCUCACCUGUUAGUGGACUCCACUCACCAGCAUCUGUCGGCAGCAGCACAACAAACAACCACGGCUUCAGCAGCAACCCGCUUGGUGCCCUGCAGGCCCUCGGCCAGGCCCAUAGGGCUUCACAGGGCCAGCAUCCCGACUCCCCUGACAGCAAAGCUCUUGCCCUGCUCAGCCCUCUUUCGAGCAGUCAAGAUAAGGACAAUCUCAGUUUAGAGGCAGACUUGCUCGGAACGUUUGGGGAGCAUCAGGACUUGUUGUCGUUUCAAAACAAGGAGGACGAGCUGGGAAAAGAUGAGGACCCCAAUGACUUUGACGACCUGCAUGAACUGGGCGACACCCCAGACCGCCUUCUGAACAACAAAGGUCACACCCAGUUGCUCCAACUCCUCACCACCAAGUUGGAACCCCCGGAUCCCUGCUCGUCUCCCCUGGGGGAGCAGAACUGUAAAGAGCUGGCUGGCUUAGGUGGGGGACCCAACAACCACUCCACCUCCCUCAAGGAAAAACAUAAAAUUCUUCACAGGCUGCUGCAAAACAGCAGCUCACCCGUGGAACUGGCCAAGCUGACGGCCGAGGCCACUGGGAAAGAACCCACCGGCCCUGAGUCCGCCGUAGAUGACAACUUGGCCGUCAUGGGCGAGCUGGGCAUCAAACAGGAUCCGGAGAGCCCUAAAAAGAAGGAUAAUGUGUUGCUCCGCUACCUGCUUGAUCGCGACGAUAACGGCAUCCUGGAUAAAGCAAUCAAGAUAGAGACUGCCGACGGUCCGAAGCUGUCCAACAUCAAGACAGAGAAACUGGACGCAGGCUACAACAUGGCCGACCAGACCAGCGAGCUAGAAGACCUUCUCGAGGGGCUUCAGGGCGGUGGCCAGCAACUGUUCCCCCGGCAGCCCCCUUGCAGAGGCCCGACCGCUGCUUCAGCCACCUCUUCCUCUGUGGCGCCCGGCUUCUCCACGGACAAGCAGAGCAUCAUUGGCGACAUCCUGCAGAUGAUGGACAGCGGCCACGGCAGCCCACCACCCCAGCAUCGCGCCUUCCCUGGCCAACCAGCUCGAGUUUCUUCUGCGAGAAGCACGUCUCUGGAUGGCGCUAUGGGUCCUGGUCCUGCCAGGCCUCUCCCCCCACAGCAAAGGAAUACCAACCCCUAUCCGUUACUACAGCAGCAGCAAGGCAUGAUGGGAAGCUGUGCAGGCACAGCUACAAACCCAAAUGUACGGGGCCCCAUGCAGCAUGACUGGGUUCCCCAGGGGUCCACAGGAGCCACCACAGCACCAGUCAUGGUCCAAUGUGUCAGACCAGUCCGUAUGGUCCCUAACAUGAACAGUGCUGUGUCAGCUCGGAGCGCCGGUGUGCCCGCGUCCAGAUCUGUGGUCAACAUGCAGAUGAUGGGCAGCGAGAUAGAGAUGGAUAACUCGGCCUACCCUCAGCAGCACACACCGUCCAAUCAGACGGCUGCUUGGCCUGACAGGAUGACGAUGAUGGAUCACUAUGGAAACCAAAGCAGGUCGUCAUACAACGUUUUUCAGGAGGACAGGAUGGGCUGCUUCGGGGCGGGGCCCGAGGGUCCAGCGGAUGAAGGAACCCUCCUGAACCAGCUGUGCUCAGUGCUGAAGGACUAUGAGGGACUGGAAGAACUUGACAAGAUGUUGGGGAUCCCCACACUGGCUGGACAGGGUCCUCUGUCGGACCAGGACCAGUUCUUCAGCUCCACUAUAAAGCCUCCCCUGUACAGUCAACACUACGCGGCUCAGUCGGGCUAUGGCGGAAUGUCUCCCGACAGCUCCUACCUCUGCCCUUCUAUGGGCGGCCACAUGGGGCAGCAGAGAGUCGGCGGCUACCCACCAAUGAUGAGGAUGCCUGGGGGUGCCGGGCCCAGAUCAGCCGGCAUGAAACCUGGUGGGCCAAACCCCAUAGUGCCACCGCAGCCCAACAACUUGAGGCUGCAGCUGCAGCACAGACUGCAGGCCCAGCUGAACCGCCAGCCCAUGGGGAACCAGAUGGGUGGCGGGUCCAGCAUGAAUCUACCUCUCAGGUCCAACGUUCCAAACCAGGGAUCGUUCAACGCUCAGAUGUUGGCUCAGCGUCAGCGCGAGUACCUCAGCAACCACCUGCGCCAACGCCAGCAGCAGCAGCAACAACAUGUGCACCAGCAGCGUGCCAUGAUGGCCGUCAACAUGGCCGCCCCCAGUUCACGUGUGUCUCAAAGCAACGAGCAACAGUUUUCCUACCCGGCCCCCAGUUACGGCAUGAGUCAGCAACACCAGGAUAUGGCAUCGGGCUUCCCGUGUGCGUCCGGGACCCAACACAGUGCCAUGUUGUCCCCCAGGAUGACGCAGGCCCAUAGUGCAAUGCUACAGCAGAACCAGACCCAAAUGCAGGGAGGGCCGCAGGGCUACCCAAGCAGCGGCGGUAACGACCUCAACGGAUGGAUUCAAUCUGCUAACACAAGCAACAGCAUGUACCAACAACAAAGUCAGUACUCCUCACAAACCACUGGAGGCAUGUACAACAUGACCCAUAGAGGAGGCAACAUGAACCACAUGCCAGGUCACAUGACCGCCAUUCCUACCAUGGCGUCUGAGCAGGUGAGCGACAACAGACUGAUCCCGGAUCAGCUGGGAGGAAUGGACGUGCUGACUCAGGAGGCCAACGUCAAUUCUACCUUUUGCUGACUCUGGACACAAAAUGCUGCUUAGUUUGACAUCCAGAAAAGGUGCCAAUGUUGUCUCAACCAAAAUACUUCGUACAAAGCUGAUUCCCUUUAAAUGCACAAAGUGUCCCUAAAGUCUGGACAUAUAAUGUAGAUAAUUCAUGCAAAAAAAAUGACCAUUUAGUUCAUUUAAAAUGUAAUUGGUAAUUACCAGUAAUUACAAUUAAAAUAAAAUGUAAUAAAAUAUACUUAACAAAAAUACGAAAUUUAUGUUAUGUUUUUUAUAUCAUAUUUUUUACAUUUCAACAAAUGUUGAAAAACAUUUAUGAUUGCAUAUUAAAUGCUUAAUAAAAUAUAUAUGUAUAUAUGUUUGUGUAUAUAUGUGUGUAUAUAUGUAAAUAUAUGUAUAUAUGUAUAUAUACACACACACAUUAGAAAGAUGUAGUCAUACUAUAUUUAUUCAGAUUUUAUGAUUUAUAUAGAUUUAUACAACUAAAGUAAAAAUAAUAUAAUUAUAAAUAUUUACACAAUUAUAUAAUAUAUUAAAAAAAAAAUGUGUCAAUUUGUUUGUAUUAUGUAUAUUACAUGUUCAUAAUUGCAUAUUACAUGCUUAAAAAUUAUAACAAAUUUAAUAUUUUGUUUAUUUAGAUUAGAGAUGUCCGAUAAUACCGGCCUGCCGAUAUUAUUGGCCGAUAAAUGCGUUAAAAUGUAAUAUCGGAAAUUAUUGGUAUCAUUUUUUUUUAUUAUCGGUAUUGUUUAAAAAAAAAAAAGUUUUUAUUUUUUUUAUUUUAUUUUUUUUAUUAUAUCAACAUAAAAAAUACAAGAUACACUUACAAUUAGUGCACCAACCCCAAAAACCUCCCUCCCCCAUUUACACUCAUUCACACAAAAGGGUUGUUUCUUUCUGUUAUUAAUAUUCUGGUUCCUACAUUAUAUAUCAAUAUAUAUCAAUACAGUCUGCAAGGGAUACAGUCCGUAAGCACACAUGAUUGUGCGUGCUGCUGGUCCAGUAAUAGUACUAACCUUUAACAGUUAAUUUUACUCAUUUUCAUUAAUUACUAGUUUCUAUGUAACUGUUUUUAUAUUGUUUUACUUUCUUUUUUAUUCAAGAAAAUGUUUUUAAUUUAUUUAUCUUAUUUUAUUAGUUUUUCAAAAAAGUACCUUAUCUUCACCAUACCUGGUUGUCCAAAUUAGGCAUAAUAAUGUGUUAAUUCCACGACUGCAUAUAUCGGUUGAUAUCGGUAUCGGUUGAUAUCGGUAUUGGUAAUUAAAGAGUUGGACAAUAUCGGAAUAUCGGAUAUCGGCAAAAAGCCAUUAUCGGACAUCCCUAAUUUAGAUGCAUUAACAAAUAGAUACUUGUAUAUGAAAUGCUUGUAUGUCCAGACUUUAGUAACAAACACACAACUUUGUCAAGUUCCUUUUCUGAUGGUGUUGAAGAAAUGAAAAACAUCUAAAUCUUGUAUGAUUAUUCAUUCAAAUUAGAUUUUAGCAUGGUUGUCAAAUUUUAUUUUUGAGGCUCUCACACGCUCAUGAGUAUCCGACAAAAACUUUGAAGCUAUUUAUAAGAUUUAAGUAGAUGAAAAUGUAUCUUGUAUACUAAUUUUAAAAAUAGAAUAAUAUAUUUGAGGUGCUGUAGUUUUUGGCACAUGGGAGUGUGGGGGGGUUUGUACAAAUGAUGCAAAUAACAGCAACAAUAGAUUCUAUAUUCCCUAAAGUGGUAUUACUAAGCAGCCAUGUAGAGUAAAAAAGCCAACAAAACAGAAGAUUUAACAUCAAAUGAUCACUUUGUGACUUUCAAAAAGGUACAAAAAGCUUUGCUGGCCUAACUUGAACCAAAAUGCUUGCUUUUCAUUUGGUUGGCUCCGUUAACUGAUUGCUAACAAGAGUUCAAAUGUCUCAUUAUCUAUUUGUUGUAUUUCUAUGGAGAUGGUACACGCUUCUAAACUUUCAUAGUCCAAGUCAAUGUGAUAGAAAAUAAGUUCAAGCACUGGAGUUGAAGUAGAAGAUCUUUAUUGUCACAUGUACAACGUAUGUGCAGCAAAAAUUUGACCCUGCAUUUGAACCCAUCCUCCCUUGAGGAGCAGUGGGCAGCCAUCGUGUGCUUCAGCUUCCCGGUCGGUGAAGCUUCCCCAGGCAUUUUGGGCGAAAUGUCCAGCCCAAAGGUACGACAGCAGCGACUGAGAUGGCUGACGCGGGAUUUGAACCGGUAACUUUCUGGUUACCGUAUUUUUCGGAGUAUAAGUCGCACCAGCCGAAAAUGCAUAAUAAAGAAGGAAAAAAUCCUAUAUAAAUCGCACUGGAGUAUAAGUCGCAUUUUUUCGGGAAAUUUAUUUGAUAAAAGCCAACACCAAGAAUCGACAUUUGAAAGGCAAUUUAAAAUAAAUAAAGAAUAGUGAACAACAGGCUGAAUAAGUGUACGUUAUAUGAGGCAUAAAUAACCAACUGAGAACGUGCCUGGUAUGUUAACGUAACAUAUUAUGGUAAGAGUCAUUCAAAUAACUAUAACAUAUAGAACAUGCUAUACGUUUACCAAACAAUCUGUCACUCCUAAUCGCUAAAUCCCAUGAGAUCGCUAAAUCCCAUGAGAUCUCUUACGUGAAUGAGCUAAAUAAUAUUAUUUGAUAUUUUACGGUAAUGUGUUAAUAAUUUCACACAUAAGUCGCUCCUGAGUAUAAGUCGCACCCCCAGCCAAACUAUGAAAAAAACUGCGACUUAUAGUCCGAAAAAUACGGUACCGCACAACCCCAGAAAGUUACCGGACAACCCGCUCUUUGUCUCCUGAGCCACGCUGUUUGCCAAACUUCCAAACUUAUUCCAGCGAGGCCCCAUACAGAAAUAAAUAUCCAAACUUAUUCCAGCGAGGCCCCAUACAGAAAUAAAUAUGUCUGCACGCAACGUACACUUAACACAUUUAAGCAAUGAACAAUUAAUUUGUCAAAUGCACAGUGUUUAAGGCAUUUACUAGACCACAUGACAUUAAAAAUUAAAAUACUGCAGACAUCUUUAAAAAAAGACUAUUUUUUUGGAAAUGUACAAAACAAUACAAUUAUCAUUUAUAACACAUAUAAAUAAAUAAAAAAAAUGUCUGGAGCUUUUUUAUUUUUUUUGUUUUUAUGGUUAGGAAUGCAGUUAAAUGAAUAAAAAAGGAUAUCUUAUGUACCGGUAAUUAUUUUUUUUAAUUUUUCUUAUUAGCAAAACAUUAAUUGGUUAUGUUGUAGCAAUACAAUACUGAUGUUUAUAAAUGUAUAUGAGUGUUGUUUAUUUAGCGCAACUGUGGCAUACACCUUCCAUUAGGUGGCACUCUAAUACAUUUGUCAAGCACAAUACUCAACAUAUGUAUUGCUAUGCCAACUUUAUUUUUAUUUUCACCAAAGGCCCUAAACCUUCAUUGUGAUAUUCAAAAGGGGGCCAUGUUGAAUUAUAUUUUGAGAAUGAUUACCGUAUUUUUCGAACUAUAAGUCGCAGUUUUUUUCAUAGUUUGGCCGGGGGUGCGACUUAUACUCAGGAGCGACUUAUGUGUGAAAUUAUUAACACAUUACCGUAAAAUA